CUGACAUGCGGCCAGUGCCAGCUGACCUUCCCACUGGGCGACAUCCUUCUCUUCAUUGAGCACAAGAAGAAGCAGUGCCAAAUGCCACCUCUGGCCAAUGGCUGCUAUGACAAGAUGAGCGACCGUGGAGGAGGGAGUCCCACUCUGCAGGGCCUACAUCACCAUGGCCAGCGGGUGGAGCUCAGGAAGGUGCUGGAGCCAGUGGAGAUCGGCAUUCAGGUGACACCUGAGGAGGAGGAGGAGGAAGAGGUGGGAGGAAGAGGAAGAGGAGGGCAAGGAGGGGAGAGGAGAGAGAGGACGCCCAUCAAGGGAAUUUGCCCCAAGCAGGAAAACGCACUGGCAGGUGGCAGGGAUGAGCCUUCCAGCUAUAUAUGUACCACAUGCAAACAGCCCUUCCCCAGCGCCUGGUUCCUGCUGCAGCAUGCCCAGAACAUCCAUGGCAUUCGCAUUUACCUGGAAUCCAACCCCUCUAGCACAGCCCUCACUCCCCGCAUCACUAUGCCUCCGCCCAUGGGCAACGACUCCAUCCCACAGUCCCCCCUCACCAACUUUCUUGGGGACAACAAUCCUUUCCAUCUCCUAAGGAUGACAGGUCCCCUGCUACGGGAGCCUCCCCCAGGUUUUGUGGAGAACCGCCUUCCCAACACACCUCCGUUUGUCAGCCCCCCUCCCCGCCAUCACCUGGACCCCCACCGGCUGGAACGCCUUAGUGCAGAGGAAAUGGGCCUCAUCUCCCAGCACCCUAGUGCCUUUGAGAGGGUGAUGCGGCUAACACCUAUGGCCAUGGAGUCCCAGUCUAUGGACUUCUCCAGACGAUUACGUGAGUUGGCAGGGAACAACAACAGUACCACACCACCAUUAUCACCCAGCAGGGCAAACCCUAUGCACCGACUACUAAACCCCAACCCCUUUCAGCCCGGACCAAAAUCUCCCUUUCUUAGCACACCCCCUUUACCACCAAUGCCCCCAAAUAGCACCACUCCUCCCCAGACACAGAUCAAGGUCAAGUCCUGUGAGUUCUGCGGUAAGACCUUCAAAUUUCAGAGCAACUUGGUCGUGCAUCGGCGCAGCCAUACCGGAGAAAAACCUUACAAGUGCCAGCUGUGUGACCACGCCUGCUCUCAGGCAAGCAAACUGAAACGCCACAUGAAGACACACAUGCACAAGUCUGGAUCCCUGACCGGGCGCUCAGAUGAUGGACUGUCUACUACGAGCUCUCCAGAGCCAGGUACAAGUGAUGUCACAGGUGAGGGCAUGAAGAAUCGUGACGGGGACUUCCAGGGGGAAGGCAACGAGGAAGAAGAAGAGGAAGAAGAAGAAGAGGAACUUGAGAAUGAGAGUCGACCAGAAUCCAACUUCAGCAUGGAGUCUGAGUUCUACCGCAACAGGGAGAAUGGUUCUAAACCAUUAUCAGAGGAGAAGUCAUCACUCGCUCUUGAGAAGAUGAUGGAGGGUGGGGGCCUCAACUCUAUACAGCAGUACAAUAAUUUAAUAGUUGACAAUCGUAAAAGGAUGCCCUUCUCAAAGAGGGGCUCAGAUGGGCUGCGGGAAACUGGGGAUGAAGACUCAGUGGCUUGCGAAAUAGACCACCACCAGCAGGAAGAGAGGACCACCAUUAAUGGCCGGAACUGUGGCUCUGGUGACUCUUUCUCGGGCCUGUUCCCUCGUAAGCCCACACCCAUCACUAGCCCCAGCCUGUCCAUCUCUUCAAAUAAGAGGAUCAAGAUUGAGAAGGACUUGGAUCUUCCUCCAGCACCCCACAUUCCCUCAGAGAACGUCUACUCCCAGUGGUUGGUGGGCUACGCUGCCUCGCGACACUUCAUUAAGGACCCUUUCCUAGGUUUCACCGACUCCAGACAAUCUCCCUUUGCCACCUCCUCUGAGCACUCAUCAGAGAAUGGCAGCCUGCGGUUCUCAACACCUCCGGGUGACCUGCUGGAUGGUGGCCUUUCCGGCCGCAGCGGCACCGCCAGUGGGGGCAGCACACCGCAUCUGGGUGGAGGUCCGGGACCAGGUCGACCUAGCUCCAAGGACAGCAGGAGGUCUGACACCUGCGAAUACUGUGGAAAGAUCUUCAAGAACUGUAGCAACCUGACGGUGCAUCGACGCAGUCACACAGGUGAAAGGCCCUACAAGUGUGAGCUGUGCAACUAUGCCUGCGCCCAGAGCUCCAAGCUCACGCGCCACAUGAAGACACAUGGCCAGCUUGAAAAUCCCAGGAGUGAACAAAAGCCACACAAAAAGUCAAGGAAGACCUGGACAGAAAUCAGGAACUACAGAAGCUAAAAAGGAUUUUAGUGAACUGUGUCUUAAAAUAAGUUUACAGUAUUGAAACAAGUACAAGGGUAAAAUAAUAUUUGUGUGUAUUUGUGUUUUGAACAAAAAAGUAUUUUUUUUCUAGGUUUGCUUUUAAAGUUCCUCUGAAUGCCAUACUGGCGACGUGUGUAUUGUUUAUAUAUAUAUAAUUUAAUUUUUUCCCUCUUUUUAAUUUUGGUGACGGGGUUUUAGUAUAUAUAUAUAUAAAUAUAUAUGAAUAUAUAUAAAUUUUUUCUUGUUUACUGUCAAAGUAUACCAGUAUUUGUAAUAUUGGAGAAUGCCUGGGCAUUUUACAAAAAUAGAAAAAAUAUUGUUUUGAAUUUUUUAUUUUGCAGUCCAAUUUAAAUUGUGGGUCUCUUAAACUGUUUUUGUCACUGUAACUGUAUAAGUCUUCAGUUUAAGUAACUUUUAUUCUGCCUUGGGUGUAAUGAAAUAAAAAAUAAAUGAGAUAAAAAAUGACAGAGCAGUAACACACUUGGAUUUGGUAGGGGAGUUUGGGUGCGGGUGGGUGGUUGGUUUGGAGGAAGUAGGGUUCCUCCCUUAGAAACAAUGGAGCAUUGGUUCUGCUUUUCAGGAAAAUCCCAAUGAAAAUCCUGACUUGUAUCUAUUUUCCUGCUUCUGGUAUGGAAUAUUCUUCAUGGACAGUUUGAAAUACAUGUGUAGGCACUCGCUGUCUUUAAUGAGGAGCUUAUCUUUUUUAACUUGUAGGCUUCAUGUAUCCUUUGUGAAUAGGGUACUCUGAGUAGCUGGGGAUGUCUUGCUCUUACACUGGGUGCAAAGGGAGGGUGACUUCAUUCCAGUGACAAGAUACAACCUACAGGCUGCCAUGAUCUUUUUUCCUUUCAUUGGGCAGGAUAAACACAACCUAAUUCAUUUGUACUGUUGUAAUGAAUCACAUUGUACAGAGUGGGGUUAAAACGGUUGUAUGACAGCCUUUUAGUGACAAAAACACAGGUUGAUGUUUUGUUUACAUUGGUUGUACAUAGUUUUCUAUGACUUCACUGUUAUUUGAAUUGCUUUUUUUUCUUUUAUUUGAUUGUGAUUUCCAACUGGCACUGGCAGUGAAUUCCUGUGUUUGGGGGGCGGG